UGUAGAUAUGUGGUAGUAGUGGAGUAGAGGCCUGAGGGCACACAGUGUGUUAAACUUGUGAAUGUAAUGUCCAGUCUAUUCUAGUAAAUCAUUCAUUCAGUUGUCCAACUGUGCGUAUAUGGCUCUGGUUUCAGUCACUGCACAGGUGGUGGGGUUGAUCUCAUUGGACUCACUUGACGGUUCAGGGUGGUUGAGUCAUGUUCUGGUAUGCACUGGGUUGGACACCCACUCUGAGAUAUACUCAUGCCCUUGUACUGGGGUAGACUCACGGUCUCAUGUAGUGGUGUCAUUGUGCUCUUGUUUCAAUGAAGCGGUGCUCAGUGGGCUUGGUGACUCAUCUGCAGAAUGGAGAAAGAAGACCUGAAGAUCGUGAACAAGGAUGAGGAGGAUGAGAUGGAGCUCCAGGGGUACCGUGUGUGUCGGUGGCGCGUGGCGCUGGUGGGUCUUUGGGUGCUCUGUACGGGGGGCUUCCUUCUGCUGCUGCUCUACUGGAUGCCAGAAUGGUGUGUGAAGGCCACCUGUAGCCGGACCACUGUCAGAGAGGCCGAAGUGGUGCUGCUCCAAUCCACCGAUGAGUUUAAGCGCUGGUUCCUAGCCAAGGUGCGUGUGAUGCUGGCCCCAGGGAGGAACCCCUUUGACAGCCUGGAGACCCAGACCACUCCCCCCAUGGCCAACGGACACUCCCCCCACUCCUCGAACAGCCCCAGCCAGGAGUUCAACAGGAAGUAUGCAGAGUACCAGCCCACUCAGAUUCGCUAUUUUACACUCCAUAGCACAAAGUACUACUGGAACGACGAGGUCCAGAAUUUUGAGGUGUUAACGGGCUUGGAAGACCUGGAGGUGACCUGUUCCAACAUCCACUCAGAGCACAGCACGGGGCUCACCAGCAACCAGCAGGAGUACAGGAGACUGUUUUUUGGAGUGAAUGAAAUUGCAGUGAAAGUGCCUUCAGUUUUCAAGCUGCUAAUCAAAGAGGUCCUCAACCCUUUCUACAUCUUCCAGCUCUUCAGUGUGAUCCUGUGGAGCGCAGACGAGUACUACUACUACGCCGUAGCCAUCGUCUUCAUGUCGGUCAUAUCCAUAGCUACCUCUCUGUACACCAUUAAAAAGCAAUACGUCAUGCUUCACGACAUGGUGGCAGCACACAGUAUUGUCCGUGUUUCAGUCUGCAGAGCCAACAACGACAUCGAGGAGGCCCUGUCCACUGACCUGGUGCCCGGCGAUGUCAUGGUCAUCCCUAGCAACGGGACCAUCAUGCCGUGUGAUGCGGUGCUGGUCAGCGGCACCUGCAUUGUCAACGAGAGCAUGCUGACAGGCGAGAGUGUGCCCGUCACCAAGACCAACCUCCCCAACCCGGGUGAGGGGGACAAGGAGGGUGACGGGGCCUACAGCAUGGAGGAGCACAAGAGACACACCCUCUUCUGUGGCACACACAUCAUCCAGACUCGUUUCUACUCAGGGGAACUGGUCAAGGCAGUGGUGGUCCGCACAGGCUUCAGCACAGCUAAGGGCCAGCUGGUGCGCUCCAUCCUCUACCCCAAGCCCACGGACUUCAAGCUGUACCGCGACGCCUACCUCUUCCUGCUGUGCCUGGUGGCUAUAGCCGGUAUCGGCUUUGUCUACUCCAUCGUCCUCAGCAUCAUGAACAAGGUGCCAGCCAAGACCAUCAUCAUCGAGUCCCUGGACAUCAUCACCAUCACCGUGCCCCCCGCGCUGCCCGCUGCCAUGACGGCGGGCAUCGUGUACGCCCAGCGCCGCCUCAAACGCAUCGGCAUCUUCUGCAUCAGCCCCCAGAGGAUCAACAUCUGUGGCCAGCUCAACCUGGUCUGCUUCGACAAGACGGGUACACUCACAGAGGAUGGACUAGACUUAUGGGGAGUCCAGAGAGUGGAGAAUGGCACUUUCCACCUGUCAGAGGAGAAUGCCUACAAGGAGAGUCUGGUCAAGUCCCAGUUUGUAGCCUGCAUGGCCACCUGCCACUCUCUUACCAAGAUUGAUGGCCAGCUGUCCGGAGACCCUCUGGACCUGAAGAUGUUUGAGGCCACAGGUUGGAUCCUGGAGGAGGCCACUGAGGAGGAGACCUCCCUCCACGACCGCAUCAUGCCCACCGUGGUGCGGCCCCCCAAGCAGCUGAUGCCCCCCGAGCCCGUCAUGUCACCCGAACAGGACAUGGAGCUGUAUGACUUGUCGUUGGCCUAUGAGAUUGGUAUUGUGCGUCAGUUCCCCUUCUCCUCGGCGCUGCAGAGGAUGUGUGUGGUAGCCCGUCUGCUGGGGGAGAAGCGCAUGGAUGCCUACCUCAAGGGGGCGCCAGAGGUGGUGGCCAGCCUCUGCAAGAAAGACACUGUUCCAGAGGACUUUGCSGAGGUUCUGGAGGACUACACCAAGCAGGGCUUCCGGGUCAUCGCCCUGGCCCACCGCCGCCUCGAGUCCAAACUCACCUGGCACAAAGUCCAGAACGUCAACAGGGACCAGAUGGAGGCCAACAUGGAGUUCCUGGGGUUGAUCAUCAUGCAGAACAAGCUGAAGGCUGAGACCGCCGGGGUACUGGAGGACCUCCGCAGGGCACACAUCCGCACCGUCAUGGUCACUGGUGACAACAUGUUGACAGCCAUCUCAGUGGCCAGGGACUGUGGCAUGAUCCCCCCUCAGGACCGGGUCAUCAUCGCCGACGCGCUGCCCUCCAAAGAUGGUCAGUCGGCCAAGAUCAACUGGCGCUACGCAGACAAACCCAGCAAACAUGUGGGCAAAGCCCCACGCCUGGAGGAAGUAGAGAUCAGUCUAGAGGAUGUUUGUCACACUGACGAGCCCAAGUCUCAGGACCAGUACCACUUCGCCAUGAGUGGCAAGUCCUUCGCUGUCAUCACUGAGCACUUUCAGGAUGUGCUGCAGAAGUUGGUGCUGCGUGGCACAGUGUUUGCCCGAAUGGCCCCUGACCAGAAGACCCAGCUCAUCGAAGCACUGCAGAGUGUGGACUAUUUUGUGGGCAUGUGUGGAGAUGGCGCAAAUGAUUGUGGUGCUUUGAAGAAGGCUCAUGGUGGGAUCUCUCUCUCUGAGCUGGAGGCCUCUGUAGCCUCUCCCUUCACCUCCAGGACCCCCAACAUCUCCUGUGUCCCCAGCCUCAUCAGAGAAGGGCGAGCGGCUCUCAUCACCUCCUUCUGUGUGUUCAAGUUCAUGGCACUCUACAGCAUCAUCCAGUACAUCAGUGUCACCCUGCUCUACUCUAUCCUCAGUAACCUGGGAGACUUCCAAUUCCUCUUUAUCGACAUCGCAAUCAUCCUCCUCAUCGUCUUCACCAUGUCUCUGAACCCAGCAUGGAAGGAGCUGGUGUCGAGGCGUCCCCCCUCAGGUCUGAUCUCAGGCCCUCUGCUGUUCUCCGUGCUUACUCAGAUCCUCAUCUGUCUGGGCUUCCAGACCAUCGCUUUCCUCUGGGUCCGACACCAGGCCUGGUACGACAUCUGGACGCCAGAGUUAGAUGCCUGCAACUCGUCCCCCCAUGUCAACUUCUCCCCGAAGCACAACUCCUCUGAGGACGACCACAACAUCAAGAACUACGAGAACACCUCCCUGUUCUAUGUCUCCUCCUUCCAGUACCUCAUCGUGGCCAUCGUCUUCUCCAAGGGGAAGCCCUUCAGACAGCCCAGCUACAAAAACUGGCCCUUUGUGCUGUCAUGUAUUGGCUUGUACAUAUUUCUGUUCUUCAUCAUGUUCUACCCUGUGUCUGCUAUCGAUGAAUUCCUAGAGAUUGUGUGUGUUCCGUUUGAAUGGAGAAUCACUCUGUUCUUCAUCAUCGUAGUCAAUGCAGCCGUGUCUGUCUUGGCGGAGACCCUCGUCCUUGACGUCGUCUUAUGGAAGCUUGUGUUCAGCCGAGACAAGCAGGGCAGCUAUGGCACCACCCCUGCCACCCCGACAACACAGGUUGGGAAAUCUGACACUCCUCUUCCACCGUCGCUUUUAAUCUCCCCUGGUGACCCCCUUCCCCUCCCUUUCUUCUUUCUCUCCUUUCUCUUUCUCUAUCACCCAGCACUCUUAUUAUAUAACCUACCCAAACCUUGCAUGUGUGGACCUUAUUGUUCUCUGACCCUCUUUUGCCCCCUGGCGGGUUGUCUGUGUUAUUACUCUCCUCUGGGAGCACGAUUCCUUCCUGUAUUUAAUACCCCCAGCAGUAGUACAGUAUUGGCUCCAGUAAGCUCCUCCCGCUGCAUGCGCCUCAAAGCGUCCCCUGUUAGCUCCUAACAGUGUGAGUGGAAACCGCAUGGUCUCGAUCAGGUACAGUUAUGUAUCCACUGCAGGCUAGCUGAGAAGGGUAUGUCUCCCACCCAUGGUGUCACUCUUGCUCCCUCCCAUGGUGUCACUCUUGAUCCCUCCCAUGGUGUCACAAAUUCUCCUAAUUAUCUUCUGUUGCACUGCAUGUCUGCUUGUUUUGAGGUAAUUCUCGGCAGAAAAAGGACAAUCCCCCAAACGUAUUGUCAGCCAUGCUUGACUUGAAUUUGAAUUACCUAAGAACUAAUUCUGUUGAAAUUAUAGAAUUUUUCACGACAGUUAAAAACCAUAAUAAAACAAUGUGUAUGCAUGCUGCAAUAGUGAACCAAUCUGAAUACCAUCACUACCUUUAGGUUAUAUAGUGCAUGUGGUGACAUAAGCAUGUGAGAUCAUUCUACCUUCUAAAGGCACAAAAAUACAAAAGACAAUUGGGAAGACAAUUAAUGAGGAAACAUAUCCACAGAGGAAAAAAAUAUUAAUUUAGUUUUCUUUGCCCUUUCCCUCCUCUUGUUGUCGUUG